AUUAGUAGACUACCCAUUAGUAGACUAUCCAUUAGCACACUAUCCAUUAGCACACUACCCAAAUGCCAUGUUAACCUUUUGUUAUUAAAUGACAGGUUAUGAUAAGAGAUGUGUCUGUUCAUGCCCCCUGCUGCCCACAGCGUACCAGGGCAAGACGUCCAUCAGUACAGUGGGCACGUCCACCUCUGCCUACCGCCUGUCGCUGGCCACCAUGUCCCGGUCCAACACGGGCACGGGCACGGUGUGGGAGCAGGAGAGCCAGCCGUCACGCCAGCCCUCUCAGGACACGCUGAGCCGCACCGACGAGGAUGACGAACAGGAGCAGGAAGAGAAUGACUCUAUCAGUAUUCCCAGUGUGGUGAGUGAACAUGAGGUCUUCCUGCCCAGGCUCAUCACCCAGCGACGCUUCUCUAGUCACGCCACGGGCAGCGCCCAGCCUGAACCCAGCACCCGCAGCACCAUGCUGCCCAGCCACAGUGAACCCAAUGUGCUAGAUGAGUCUCAAGGACUGGAAGAGGGUAACCUGUCUAGGGUGGCCAGUGUGCAGAGUGAACCAGGACAGCAGAACCUCUUGAACCAACCUCCGCUGGGACGCAAUAGAGGACUGAGACAGUUGCGACGCCCCCUGCUGUCUCUUCCGAAGAGUGAGGCGCGAGGACCAGGUCGCUCUGGAGCCCGACUCUCCACCACCCGCAGGAGCAUCCAGCCCAAGAACAGACCUCUGGAAACGUUAUUGGACUGCGAAGCAACCCACGGGUGGGACCAGAAAAGGGUCGUCACCUUCACGGAGGGCCAGCAGGCUCAGGGAAAGUCCCCCGACCCAGGUGGCGCCAAUGCGCACCCAGAGGGCAGGAAGGCCAGCCCGGCCCCUCCAAUCGCUCCCCCUGCUGCCCCUGGGGCCUCAUCCUCGGCCACCGUCAAAGCUGACCUCCACAGCCCUGCCAAGAAACAGUUAUCGAUGGAGAGCAAGGAGAAACGAGAACAGUGGGGCCUCCGCAGCAGCCUCUCUCCUCGGCCCUCCAUCUCCCGCGCCUCCACCCCCACCCCACCCUCCUCCUGCUCUCCUCUCCCUCCUCCACCUCUCCCCAUCUCUCGCACCUGUUCUCCCCUCCCCCCUCUGCCGAUCCUGGGGAUCCAACCCCCCGCUCCCCCCACCCACCUCUUCCAUCCUGGUCCGUCCUCCCAUCAGACCCCCGAGAGCCCCGAGGACGAGGACACGACUGCCCUGCUGGGGAGGAACGCAGACACCCUACUCCACAUUUCAGAGGACAAUGGGGGCACAGAGAACCCCCUGCUCGCCCCCCUGCUCUCCCCCCGCCGCUCGCCCGCCCUGCCCCCCCGCCGCUCCCCCCUCCCCAUCUCCCCAGUCGACCUGGACCUGGAUGAGUCCCACGUCUGAGAAGCGUCCCUGUAACGUUCCAGUAACGUUUUGUUAACAUUUCAGUAACAAAACUCGUAACGUAACGUUAUAACUAGGGCCAGGAGUUUUUCCCUGACUGAACUUGCGUGACCGCACUAGGAAAAAGUCCUGGCCCUAGUUACAAGGCUCUAAACUACAGACGUAGGCUAUAACUAGGGCCCGGAGUUUUGACCCUUUAGGUUAUAUCACAUGGUCCGGCUGGGGAAACUCCUGGUCCUAGUUAUGACCCUGGCAGGGUAGCUUCUCUGUGUCGGUCCCCUUCUAUAUCUUUGGAGUCUGUGUUUAGACAUUGAGCUGCCUGAUAACUCUGUCCUUCUAGCCAACGGAGGUCAGAGGGCACUUGAAAAAUGAGGAACCUGUUGGAAUACUCUAAACAUAAAAAUGCAUCCUCCCUUCCUUGAUCUGAUCUGACAUAAAAUGACUGGGGAAAUCAGUGCAGUAGAAUCCUUGCUCUCACCUAUCCAAUCACGUUAGAUUAGUGAUUACCUCAAAAAAAGAAGGGAGGAAAGAUGCAUCUUUAGAGUAUUAGAACAGGGCCAAGGACCAAGACCUGUUAGUGUUCUCCUCUUGCCCACUCCCCUGCCCCUCUCUCCCCUUCUCUCUCUGCUCUCUUCUGUCCUGUUAGAGCACCAAGAUGAAAUCCAUACUUCACUAUGUCUACAGUACCAGUACCCUGGCACCCUCACCUCGGACAUUUCAACCCAUCUCAUAGCAAAGUAUUCAAAUCAAAUGCAGAAUCAACAUGCCUUCUUCACACGUCAGGGUGGAUUAAUCCACGGUGUCCAACAGGUGAUCAAGUGGGACUGUUACUGUUGCUAGGUAGAUCACAAGAGAAGGGAGAUGUUUCCAGCCAUUGGCUGCUACAAACAGACAUCUGUUUACCUAUAGGGUGACCGUGUCACCUCUCAAGAACUGUUUACAGUGAAGCUGCUGAAGGGUAAACUGUUGACUAGAGAAAUUAAAUGUAUAUUAGCUAUGAUAUUAUAAUAUUAUGAAAUGUAUUAUAUUUAAUCCUGAAGACUAUUUUAAAGAAAUAUUUAAUAUAUAUAAUUGUCAAAGUAUUGCAGAGAGGCAUAGUAUGUUUGUCAUUAGGAUAAUAUAUUAGUGGCCUUCCAGGUGGCACUGCGGUCUAGGGCACUGCAUGGCAGUGCUUGAGGCAUCAAUACAGACCCAGGUUCGAUCCCAGGCUGUGUCACAACCGGCCGUGGGAGUCCCAUAGGUGGGCGCACAAUUGGCCCAGCGUUGUCUGGGUUUGGCCGGGGAGGCUUUACUUGGCUCAUGGAGUUCUAGUGACAACCAGUUUAGGCCCAGUGGAUGGAUGUUGUUUUAUGUGUAACCAAAUUCAUGUUUCGUUUUGAAUAGCCUCCAAAGUAAUACGGCCCUUCUGUUGUUCUGAAAGCAUCAUGCAUAAAGAAUAGGUAACUGCUUAUGGGCACUGACGUAUUAUUAGUAUGUCCCAGUAAUGUCAUAGAGUUUAUAAUGCUGCUUUUUAUUGUUGUGUUUUCAAUGUCUUGAAGAAAGGUUUCUAGUACUCAGAAUCAGGGAUCUUGUUGGCAUAAUGUUUUGAGUUGUAGCAGAUAGGAUACCUCCUUGUUCAACUUAUGCUUUAAACUAGAGAACUGGGAGGACCCCUCCAGCUCCUUGAUAAUGGUCUGUACCCUGACCGAGGUCCCCUUAUGUGCCAUGGGGCUUGGUAGAGUCCAAACCUGAGAUGGGUGUGCUGCAGUCUACUAUCUUCUGGUUAAUGUUGGUUUUGCACCAGAUCAGUGAAAAGAGGAUGUAGUUAUGAACUAAACUGUGUAAAAACAUUAGGAACAACUUCCUCAUAUUGAGUUGCAUCUCCUUUUCCCCUCAAAACAGCUUCAAUUGGUCGAGUCAUGGACUCUGAAAGUUGUGGAAAGCGUUCCACACAGGGAUGCUGGCCCAUGUUGACUCCAAUGCUUCCCACAAUUGUAUCAAGUUGGCUGGAUGUCCUUUGGGUGGUGGACCAUUCUUGAUACACAUGGGAAACUGUUGGGCGUGAAAACCCCAGAAACGUUGCAGUUACAUUUACAUUACAUUUAAGUCAUUUAGCAGACGCUCUUAUCCAGAGCGACUUACAAAUUGGUGCAUUCACCUUGACACAAACCGGUACGCCUGGCUCUUACUACCAUAUCCCCUUGAAAGGCACUUAAAUCAUUAGUCUUGCCCAUUUACCCUCUGAAUGGCACACAUACACAAGCCAUGUCUCAAUUGUCUCAAGGAUUAAAAAUCAUUCUUUAACCUGUCUCCUCCCCUUCAUCUACACUGACUGAAGUGGAUUUAUGAGGGAUCAUAGCUUUCACCUGGAUUCACCUGGUCAGUCUAUGUCAUGGACAGAGCAGGUGUUCCUAAUGGUUUGUACACUCAGUUAUAUGUGAAAGGAAGAACUGGGCUUUUCCUGAAUAUCUUCUACCAUUUCCUCCUGUUUGACGGCAUCAGUGCAGAAGCCUUAGUAGUGAUAUAAAUAGGUGCCAUAAUGCACAUAUGACCAUUGCACUGUGAGUCGGUCUCAUAGCUGUGUUUGCUUCUGUGUGUGAUCUAAAUGUACUGCUGUGUAGUUCCCACAGAGGAGGCUGGUUAUCAGAUCUAUAGUGCCCAUAUCAUUAGAGGGGUUAUCAGAUCUAUAGUGCCCAUAUCAUUAGAGGGGUUAUCAGAUCUAUAGUGCCCAUAUCGUUAGAGGGGUUAUCAGAUCUAUAGUGCCCAUAUCGUUAGAGGGGUUAUCAGAUCUAUAGUGCCCAUAUCGUUAGAGGGGUUAUCAGAUCUAUAGUGCCAUAUCAUUAGAGGGGUUAUCAGAUCUAUAGUGCCCAUAUCGUUAGAGGGGUUAUCAGAUCUAUAGUGCCCAUAUCGUUAGAGGGGUUAUCAGAUAUGUAGUGCCCAUAUCGUUAGAGGGGUUAUCAGAUCUAUAGUGCCCAUAUCGUUAGAGGGGUUAUCAGAUCUAUAGUGCCCAUAUCGUUAGAGGGGUUAUCAGAUCUAUAGUGCCCAUAUCGUUAGAGGGGUUAUCAGAUCUAUAGUGCCCAUAUCGUUAGAGGGGUUAUCAGAUCUAUAGUGCCCAUAUCGUUAGAGGGGUUAUCAGAUCUAUAGUGCCCAUAUCGUUAGAGGGGUUAUCAGAUCUAUAGUGCCCAUAUCGUUAGAGGGGUUAUCAGAUCUAUAGUGCCAUAUCAUUAGAGGGGUUAUCAGAUCUAUAGUGCCCAUAUCGUUAGAGGGGUUAUCAGAUCUAUAGUGCCCAUAUCGUUAGAGGGGUUAUCAGAUCUAUAGUGCCCAUAUCAUUAGAGGGGUUAUCAGAUCUAUAGUGCCCAUAUCGUUAGAGGCGUUAUCAGAUCUAUAGUGCCCAUAUCGUUAGAGGGGUUAUCAGAUCUAUAGUGCCCAUAUCAUUAGAGGGGUUAUCAGAUCUAUAGUGCCCAUAUCGUUAGAGGGGUUAUCAGAUCUAUAGUGCCCAUAUCGUUAGAGGGGUUAUCAGAUCUAUAGUGCCCAUAUCGUUAGAGGGGUUAUCAGAUCUAUAGUGCCCAUAUCAUUAGAGGGGUUAUCAGAUCUAUAGUGCCCAUAUCGUUAGAGGGGUUAUCAGAUCUAUAGUGCCCAUAUCGUUAGAGGCGUUAUCAGAUCUAUAGUGCCCAUAUCAUUAGAGGGGUUAUCAGAUCUAUAGUGCCCAUAUCAUUAGAGGGGUUAUCAGAUCUAUAGUGCCCAUAUCGUUAGAGGCGUUAUCAGAUCUAUAGUGCCCAUAUCGUUAGAGGGGUUAUCAGAUCUAUAGUGCCCAUAUCGUUAGAGGGGUUAUCAGAUCUAUAGUGCCCAUAUCGUUAGAGGGGUUAUCAGAUCUAUAGUGCCCAUAUCGUUAGAGGGGUUAUCAGAUCUAUAGUGCCCAUAUCGUUAGAGGGGUUAUCAGAUCUAUAGUGCCCAUAUCAUUAGAGGGGUUAUCAGAUCUAUAGUGCCCAUAUCGUUAGAGGGGUUAUCAGAUCUAUAGUGCCCAUAUCGUUAGAGGGGUUAUCAGAUCUAUAGUGCCCAUAUCGUUAGAGGGGUUAUCAGAUCUAUAGUGCCCAUAUCGUUAGAGGGGUUAUCAGAUCUAUAGUGCCCAUAUCGUUAGAGGGGUUAUCAGAUCUAUAGUGCCAUAUCGUUAGAGGCGUUAUCAGAUCUAUAGUGCACAUAUCGUUAGAGGGGUUAUCAGAUCUAUAGUGCCCAUAUCGUUAGAGGGGUUAUCAGAUCUAUAGUGCCCAUAUCGUUAGAGGGGUUAUCAGAUCUAUAGUGCCCAUAUCAUUAGAGGCGUUAUCAGAUCUAUAGUGCCCAUAUCAUUAGAGGGGUUAUCAGAUCUAUAGUGCCCAUAUCAUUAGAGGGGUUAUCAGAUCUAUAGUGCCCAUAUCGUUAGAGGGGUUAUCAGAUCUAUAGUGCCCAUAUCGUUAGAGGGGUUAUCAGAUCUAUAGUGCCCAUAUCGUUAGAGGGGUUAUCAGAUCUAUAGUGCCCAUAUCGUUAGAGGGGUUAUCAGAUCUAUAGUGCCAUAUCGUUAGAGGGGUUAUGAGAUCUAUAGUGCCCAUAUCGUUAGAGGGGGAUUCUAUUUUGAAUGAUAGUAUCACUAUAGUUCAUUCUAGAACCCACGGGGAUAGUACAACAGUCUAUGAUACUGUAGGUGACAUAUUCGGGUGUCCCUGUGGACGUGUGUUGUCUUGUCAGUGCCAACGGUCAAUGUCUGUCCGUGUGUGUAGUGCCAAUGCUCUCUGCUGCUGAGCUGUCCUUGUGCAGAAGCUUUCUGGGAGGUUGGCAUGGAGACUUAUUCAUCAAACUUGGCAUACAUUCCAAAGUCAUCUGCAGUUUGUCCCAUGUAAUGCACUGUUGAAGUGCUCUACUUCAAACUGGAACUGUUUUGGAUGAGAGAUCUAUUUAGGAUUGCAAAAUGUCUGUAACUUUUCCAAAAUAACCAGCUUUUCCAGAAAUCUUGGUUGGAGGAUUCCGGAUUUCUUGUUUAUUACUUUCUGAUUCCUUGACUCUUCCAACUAGUAUAUCAGGAGUUUGAGGAAAGUUACCAGAAUUUGGAGACCCUAGUUCUAUUGCAUUGUCAAUUGCAAUUUGUAGUACCGGUAAGCACACUGUAUUGCUUUAAACAUAAUCAGAAAAUUAUCUUUUUAGAUGAUUGCCAACUCAUAGCUAACAGCGUAACAUUCUGUGGGCAAUUUGUUAAUUGAUGAUUUCCAGUUUGUUUAGUUCUAUUUCUUACAUGUUAUGGAGGAUAGCUGGAUCUGUGUUGUUCUGGCUCUGGGGAUAACCUUUCCAUGAACUAGGAAGUUUACCUCAAAGUCCUAUCCACACGCUAGGGGCGGCAGGUAGCCUAGUGGUUAGAGCGUUGGACAAGUAACUGAAAGGUUGCAAGAUCGAAUCCCCGAGCUGACAAGGUAAAAAAAAUCUUUCAUUCUGCCCCUGAACAAGGCAGUUAACCCACUGUUCCUAAGCCGUCAUUGAAAAUAGGAAUUUGUUCUUAACUGACUUGCCUAGUUAAAUAAAGAUAAAAUGCUGUAUGGUGGAGCUGUGAGAUAUUCAGAAGUGUGUGUGUGUGUCAAAUGCAGGGCCCCCAGGGGUGAUUAGCAGUGGAGGCUGGUGGAAGGAGCUAUAGGUAAUGGCUGGAAUGGAACCAUGUUUGACUCCGUUCCAUUGAUUCCAUUACAAUGAGCCUGUCCUCCUAUAGCUCCACCCACCAGACUCCUCAGGUGGAAAGUGGAAGUGACACAUUAUGGCCUAGAUACAUAUAUUAUAUUUUGAUAUUUUAUUUCUCCAAAUAUAUAUUAACAUCAACAUUUGUUCACGUGAUGAUUAGCCUCAUAUUCAAUCACUGUUCCAUUGACAUAUAUUUUUUCCUCUGUGUGACUCUGAAAUAUAUCGUAUUAUAUACUUAAGAUAUUUAUUUCAAAUGACUGUCUUGUCCUGUGUUCUCAAUCUAUUCUAAAAUAUAGCUAUAUCAAAGUAUUUAUGAAACAUUUAAAAAAUAAAUGGAUAUUGUUGUACACAAUAUUA